AGACCCAGCGGCGCGCGCGCGCGCGCUCCGCCCGCUCCGCCGCUCUUUCCGUCCGCACCCGAGCGCGCACCCGCGCGGGAGGGGGGGGUGGGGUGGGGGUGUAGCGGGCCUCCGUCGUCAUUCGUGGCGAGGGGGAUCCGGGCGGAGAGCCUGCCCUCCUUCUCCCUCUCCUCUUCCCUCGGCGCCUCCAUCCUCGCCGAAGGAGCGGAGCGCAAAGACGCAGCCAUGGCCGAGGUGCCCACCGUGGUGCGGAUCAAGAUCUCGCUCAAGAUCCAGCCCAACGACGGGCCCGUCUACUUCAAGGUGGACGGCCAGAGGUUCGGGCAGAACCGGACCAUCAAGCUGCUCACGGGGGCCAAGUACAAAGUCGAGGUGGCCAUUAAGCCCGGAGCCAUCCAGGCCACGUAAGUGGGACCUGCCUGCCUUCCUCACCUUUCCCUCCCCAGAGCAGCUUCUGCGUCUUGCAGCGCGCCUGCCCGCCCAGAUUUGUUCCCUGGCAAAGGGACAGGCUUCCAUCUUUAUCCCCAUUCUUAUUCUUUCCCUUCGGCAUCUCUGCGCCCUGACCCCGCACAGCGGCCAGCUGGACCCGCAGCGCCAACGGGACCUUGGCAAAAAAGGAAACCAGCCCCCUUGCUGCGUUGCGCCCGAGGAAUAAAGCGCCGAGCAGCCUGCUCGCGAAGGCCAGCCUUGCAGGCAAACGCCCCGCUCCCUUCCAGCAGAAAAGGGCCGGUGCGGGUGCAGGGAAGGGGCUGGAGAGGCUCGGCUCGAAGGCCCGGCGAGGUGCGGCGCUGGAGACCGGAGGAGGGCGAUGCAUAGGGAAUGGGGGGGGGGGGACAACGGAGCGGAUCUGCCCGGCGUCCUAGCUCCGGCUUUGCUUAUGUAACCGGCCUCCCCUCCUGCGCGCAUCCUCUAGGGGUGUCUUGGAAGCAGGGCGGGUCCAGGGCUUCUGGAAUCAGGAGACACCGCCAGGCCCCCCCCCCCCGGAGACCUGGUGCAGAGUUGCAGGUGGUGAGGAGGGGCAGCAGCAAAUGGGCCAAGGGUUGACUCCUGGACCGCCAGAGGACUGAUCCUGGUCUCUGCAGCAUCCUCUCUCUUUACUUCGGAAUUUGUAAGGGAGGCGCGGUUGCCAGCGAGACAUUUAUUUAAAACAUUCAUUUUCUGCCUUCCAUUCAAACGGGUUUUUGGGGGGUAUUAGGGUAAUGUCAAAGACAAAUCCAUUAAAAUCAGGACCUUAAAGCAAUAAAUGCCGGAGCAUCCAAAGAAGUCUCUCUCCAACCCUGACCCUGCUAUCAUCAUCUGAGGCCCUUCUUCUUUGCCCCCUCCUUGAAAGGCCGGGAGGGUGGCUCCCCGUUUGUGCAAUGCGAAAAUGUUUGUCUAUAACCAGGCCUUUGACUAGCAUUCUGUGCCGUUUUAAAUGGAGGGGAGGUUGGGGUUACCGGGUUGUUUUUGUUUCAUUUUGCAUUCUCGUUUUCUUGUGAACUGCCCUGUGAUCUUUGGAUGAAGGGCAGUGUACAAAUUUAAGAACUAACUCACUGAAUAAGCAAGGUAAAAUGCAGCAAGCUAAUGGGCCCCCAAAGUCUGAGGUCCCCCCCCUUUCCUUUCCUUUUACUUUAAGAAGGCAUUACCUUUUCUACAGUGAAAUGGAGCUUAUUCCCAAGUGAAGUUGCAAACCUUUCCCCACUUGCCUGGCAGAGCUGGAUCUAGGGGAGGGCUACUGGUUCGCCCACACUAGGUGCUGAGCCAAAGGGUGCGGCAGGGGGCGUCGCAACAAUGACCUGGAACGGAAGGCAAGAGGCCACCGGAUUUUGGUGCUGCUGAAAUUUGAAAGCCCACCAGUGUAGCUGGAACCCACUGAAUUAAAUAUGAAUUGCUUCUGAGUAGCAUCAGGCGGCAGAAGGUCCAUUGCAUUCAUGAAGCCAUGGUGGUGCUGUGCUCCUAAGUGAGUUUAAAUGUGCAUACACAUGAUCACAUGUUUUAUCUAAGGACUUACAAACUCCUGGCUUGUUUUCCUCCCUUUCAAAGCAAGGAAUUGUGCUUGCACCAGACACACGCCUUGAAGGCCAUAAACCUCACUUGACACAAUAUUGCUGCACUUCCCAGCUCCAAAAUAGAUAUGCCUGAUGGACGUAAUGUGAAUAAUAGAUCCUGUUCUAUUUACUUAGAAACUUUGAAGCAACUCUCCAGGCACCAUAUGGUGAUCCUCCCAGGGGCAGGGUGAUCGGCGCGGUGGUGAUCCGCCCAGGGGGGAUUUUGUCACACAUACACCCAGGAUGACUCUUCCUACGCCCCUGACACCAUAGCUCCAUUUCCAGUGUUGGUAGCUGAGCUGGCUGUCUCUAAGGGAGGUUUAUAGCUCAGUGGUAGAGCUUUGCCUGCACUAGGUCCCAGGUUCAGUCCCAAUAAUCUCCAGGUAGGGCUGGGGAAAUCCUAUACCUGAAAUCCUGGAAAGUCACUACCAAUCUCUGCAGACGAUACUGAGCUAUAAAACAGUUUGCUAUGUUCAGAGGCUCCCAUAGGACAAACACAGAGGUAUUUUCUUCUGAGUCAUAAAAGGCAGGUUUGAAAACAAACCCCUCCAAUUUCUCCUUGUUACAGCCCAAUUUUCUUCUUUGGCUUUUGUGGCGUUUCGACUGUUCGACUAUAAUAAGUCGACUGUUCGACUUAUUACUCAUUUGUAUUAAUUGAGAUUAGUGGCACAUAAUCAAAUUGUUUUGAACUGCAGCUAUAUGACAUAGACAGAUACCUGCAAAAAGAGUCGCCGACAUAUUUUAAGGGCAUCCCUUGGGGAGGAGAGAGUAUGAUUAUUUAUCUCAGGGCAGUUCACAGCAUAAAAUACAAAAUAAAAAUGUGAAAAACAAAACAAACCCAUAACCCUCUCUCCCACAAGGACAUUUAAAAGUGAUGUGAAUCAUUCAAAGGCCUGGGAGCCUAAAGAUGUAUAAUGAAGGUACCAGGCAAGCAUUCCACAAACAGGGAGAGCAUUCCACAAACAGGGAGCCACUGCAGAAAAGCCCUGUUCUUGUGUUGCCACCCUCUGGACCUCACGUGGAGGAGGCACAUCUUCUUUGAUGGCCUCCUGAACAGAAAGUGGUGGAAUUGAAUACUUCUUUGUUUCUUGAGAGUAUCUGUCCAUUGUAUGUCCCCCCUCCCGCACUGUAAUGAAGGACAGUAGCGUGGCACUUGUACAGCCUUCCUUUCUCUGUUACAUUCUGAUAUAUGGACAGAAAACUAAAGGGAGCUGGUUAUAAUCAUGGCAGAUGUUUGCUUGUAAACCUUACUUUCUCUCUCCACAUUAGGAAGAGAGGCUUGCUAAGAAUAUUAACUACUCUUUCAGGACUAUGGGUAUCGGAGGAGUAACGUUCCCCCUGGAAGAGAAGUCGAGAGACCCUCAAGCUGUUACCUACACUGGAAUCUACGAUACAGAAGGCGUAACUCACACUAAAAGUGGCGAGAGGCAGCCCAUACAAAUCAACAUACAGGUAGUGUGUGUUUUGGGGUGUGGGGUAGCAUAAGUCAUGUUGUCUGGGUACGGGCAGUGCAUUCUGGUCUGUUUAAAAGGUAUAGCACUUAAGAACAUAGCACUGUCUGUUGUAAUUCCCCUUUACCUUGGACUUCUAUCUUUUUAAGCAUCUGUGACAGCGUAAACCUCCAAAGGCCGACUGGCCAUUACUCUGCAGAGCCCAUGACCUCAGCUGACCCAUUCAUCGCUCCAGUUCACCUGAGGUUUAAGGAGCGACACGUGGUCAUCCGUGACUAGACAUAUUCUUGCAGUAAAACUGGGCCAUUCAGAGGCAAGCACAGUGCAGGCUGCGACUGACAGGAGUCCCACAUUUUCUAGAGGGAACCAGGUUGGCUUCUUCUGGCUUGGGCAUUAGUUUAAAGAUAUGUGCCCUUGGCUAAAACACUCAGAAUUAGCUGUGGCUGACCAUUAACAUGCUAGCAUUUCCCAUGUUUGCCAUCAUCUCUUUAUCUUUAUUGGGAGACUCCAUUCAGGGUUCUUGAAUCCAGAGCAAAGGAUUACAGCUUUUCCUUUCCCCUGCCAUCCUUGGUGGUGAGGUGCAAGGAAUCUUUUACUGCUGUAUUGUGCUAUUGCAGCAAUGUAAGCUGUGUGGCACUGUGGGUUAAACCACAGAGCCUAGGACUUGCUGAUCAGAAGGCCAGCGGUUCGAAUCCCCGCGACGGGGUGCGCUCCCGUUGCUCGGUCCCAGCUCCUGCCCACCUAGCAGUUUGAAGGCACGUCAAAGUGCAAGUAGAUAAAUAGGUACUGCUCCAGCGGGAAGGUAAAUGGCGUUUCCGUGCGCUGCUCUGGUUCGCCAGAAGCGGCUUAGUCAUGCUGGCCACGUGACCCGGAAGCUGCACGCCAGCUCCCUCGGCCAGUAAAGCGAGAUGAGCGCCGCAACCCCAGAGUCGGUCACGACUGGACCUAAUGGGCAGGGGUCCCUUUACCUUUACCUUUAACCUGUGUAGGAUUUAUGUUCACCCAUCUCGUCCCACUGACAGAGCAAUCUCUGCCAUAUAGACACUUAGCAAAAGCUACCAAAUCUGGCCAAACUGUGCCCCUUUAAGUUAUUUAAUCCCCCUGAGUUGCAUUUUUCAGCUUAUUGCACCCUCUGUCAACACAUCAGCUCCAAGGUGUUGUUUGUUAUUUAUAUCAUCUAUCAUAUUUGGCUGUAAUACCCACACACUCCAGAGUAAAGCCCUUUCCAUUUUGCAAGCCAUCUGCAUCUCUGUUAGCUGUGAACACCUUUAUAAGAUCACUUAUUUUCCUUCUUCUCUGUUAAGAGCUUCUGCAUUUCAUAAGCCUUUCAUUCUUAUAACUGUGAAACGGAGACCACCUUUCAGAACUGGGCUUUGCAUUUCAAUGGAAAUGGAGGGUGCUGGGGGCAGGAUUCCUGGCCCACUGCAUCAGAUAGCCACAAACUGCAAGGUGUAUGCAUAUAAACCAUGAUGAUUGCUGAGCAGCCUGCAUAGUAAGACCAGGAGAAUGGAACAGCUGCCAUGUGUGGUAACAACUCACACAGGCAGGAGACAUGUAAAAACCAGUACCUUGCAAGUCUAGGUUUUCCUUCCUGGCAUCAUUGCUUUGUGCAGUUUUGUGCUAAAGGCACAGGAUCCACCUCUGCAGGAAGAACGCUGACCUGCCAAGCCUGAGAGCAGACGACACGGCAGAGUUCCAGCCUUUGGACCGAUUUUAACGUAUCUGUAGUGGCAGAAACAUCAUGGUUUGGGAGCUGGGCUCAAAUAAACAUUGCAUUGCUACCUUGCACAGGAGCUGAAAGCCUAGCUGUUACGUAAGAUCCCUGAAAAUCUCCUAUGAGCAGAUGUUCUGAUUACAAACAUCUCUGGCAUGCCCAAGCAAUUAUUCCUUCACUCAUCUUGAGCCUGGGUUCCCCAACGUGGCACCCGUGGGCACCACCACAGCAUCUUCAGAUAUCUUCUACUGUCCCCACCAAGGCCCUUUGCUCCUUCCAUUUUUUAAAGCUGUGGGCUUUGGGAGAGGUUUGGUUGCCUGUUUUAUCUAUGUUCUUAUUUGGGGGGAGCAUAGGUGCUUUGCCUGCCUGGGCUGGAGGUGAGCAUCCUCUGUGAAAUGGGUGUUCUGUGCACCUGUGACAGUUCUUAAAUUUCCAAAUGUGCCUCCGGGUCCAAAAAGGUCAGAGGUCCCUGGUUUAUGCUGUCAGUGGGAGGCUUAUCGUGCAACUCAGACAUUCGGUGCGGCAGCAUUUGCACUUUGGAACUCCCCGCCUAUUGAGAACCUUCACAGCAGUCAUUUUGGCACCUCCUAAAAACAUUCCUGUAUAGACAAUCCUACCCAGAUGCUUUAAAAGUUUUGUUAAUUUUAAUCUGUAUUACCAUAUUGACCUGAAUAUAAGCCUCACUUUUUCCCCAAAUUCAGACCGUGAAAAGUUGAAGUGCGGCUUAUAUUUGUGACCUUACAGUAUGUGGCCAGGAGCACAGGGCAAACAGCAGCAGGAGCGCAGCAAAGUGGGGGCUCUCCCCGCAUGUAGUCCCCCCCCCCGUCCUCUUCCCCCAAGGCCGGAAAGGGAGAGUGUGAGGAAGGGGAAAGGCCGACGGAAACGCAGCACGCCCCCCCAGUAUGCAGCCAGAAGCAGCGAGGAAUGGAGCGGCUUAUAUUCGGGUAUUUUUUCUUUUUUUCUCCCCCCCCACCUCCAAUUUUAAACGUGCAGCUUAUAUUCAGGUGCGGCUUUUAUUCGGGUCAAUACGGUAGUUGCAAUUUUUUCUCGAUUCUGCUGUUUUAUCUUUUGUAAACUGCUUUGAGAUUUUUUAUUAUUAUUAUUUUUACCAUCAAGCAGUGUAUAAGUUCAGCUCAUAGGUUUUACAGUUGGAAAUGUGGGCAAAGUCAUGUGCAUCCUGGUUAACCCUUGCCUCCCCUUUUCUACCAUUCUCUUCUUGUGAGGCUAACAGUUGCUAAUUUCAUUUGUAAAUUCCUUGGGACAGAGAUCUCUCUCUCUUGUUAUUCUGUCAGAAGUGUAUCCUGGGGCCACUAUAUAAUCUAAUAACAAGCAAGCCCCCCUUUGUGUCUGUUAGGUGAGACUCCGAAGCUUCUGAUUCUGACUAGGCUGAAAAGUCAUCCUGGAAUUUGCUUACAAUAAUCACUGGUCUGGAAAAUCUUAGAUGCAUUUAGAUGAGCAAAGGUCAGCUCUUGAUCACUGGGAUGAAGGCACUUGACAAAGAUUAGCUGUCAGUAAUAACAUGACCAACUGCUUUCAAUUCUCUCUCUGUCCUCCCCAUCUUUCAAGACCUUUUGAUUUAAGCAAACUGAAUGUAGCUGCAACAAGUCUUUGUCAGUUGUGAUUUACAGUUUCUGUUUUCCAGUGCUCCUGGCCUAAUCAUAAUAACAACAAUAAUGGUUUAUUACUUAUACCCCACCCAUCUGACUGGGUUGCUCCAGCCAUUCUGGACAGCUUCCAACGGAAUAUAAAAAACAUAACGAAACAUCAUCCAUUAAACACUUUCCCAAACAGGGCUGCCAUCAGAUGUCUUCUAAUAGCUGUAUACUUUAUCUCCUUGACAUCUGAUGAGAGGGCAUUCUAAAGGGUCAGCGCCACUACCAAGAAGGCCCUUUGCCUGACGCCCUGUAACUUCACUUCUCACAGUGGGGGAACCACCAGAAGACCCUCGGAGCUGGACCUCAGUGUCCAGGCUGGACAAUGGAGGUGGAGAUGCUCCUUCAGGUAUACUGGGCCAAGGCCAUUUAUGGCUUUAAAGGUUAGCACCAACACUUUGAAUUGUGCUCAGAAACAUACGGGAAGCCAGUGUGGAUCCUUUAGGACUACUGUUACAUGGUCCUAGUGGCUGUUCCCAGUCACCAGCCUAGCAGCCAAAUUCUGAAUUAGUUGUAUUUUGUGAGUCACCUUGAAAUGUAGCCCCACACAGAGUGCAUUGCAGUAGUCCAAGUCAUACCAGGUCAUCAUUUUCAGUGGACAUAAAUGAAGUUAUUUCAAAACUAUAUUGGUGGUCACUGCCUCUUGAAGCAAGCUAAUUUCUUGCUGAUGUUUCCCCAGCUGUGCAUUUUAUUUGUGCAACCAGAUGUACCAGGGUCUACUUUAUAUACUAACGCAAGAGACAUAAUUGUAGGUGAAAAAACUAAGAGGUGAAGGGGUGGAAAUUCACAAAGUAAUUCAUUGGGGUUGCAGUAGGGUUGUGGUUUUGCCACAGUUCUGUAGAAGCAUGGAGCGUAGUGUCAUGAAAGGGAAGUGAAUAGUUUAGUUUAUUAUUAUAUUUAUACUUCUGGAAGGAAAGGAAAGGAAAGAGUUUGCUCAUGAGCUUUUCUGUCUAUGGUGCAGGCCAGCCUUGUCUACUGCGCAUCUUGACUGGGGAGAUGCAAGGGCAAAAUGUAUUAGGCUGGUCCUGUACUAGAAGACACAUGGGCAAUUGCAGCUGAAAUAUAGAACAAGAUUUCUGGUAGUUAGGGUGGGGCUUUACUGAGAGUAAGGUAAAGGUAAAGGGACCCCUGACCAUUAGGUCUAGUCGUGACCGACUCUGGAGUUGUGGCGCUCAUCUCGCUUUAAUGGCUGAGGGUGCUGGCGUACAGCUUCCAGGUCAUGGGGCCAGCAUGACUAAGCCGCUUCUGGUGAACCAGAGCAGCGCACGGAAACGCCGUUUACCUUCCCACCGGAGUGGUACCUGAUCGGCAAGUCCUAGGCUCUGUGGUUUAACCCACAGCGCCACCCGCGUCCCUUUUUCUGAGAGUAGACCCAUUGAAAUUAAUGGACUUAACAUAGUCCUGUUCAUUAAUUUUGAUGCAUCUACAUUGAAUAAAACUUAGUCACAUUCCAAAAUAUAUUUUAUUACAUUUAUAUCCCACCUUUCCUCUGCUCAAGAUUGUGGACAUGGACUUUCCUGCCCCCAUUCAGGGCUGUAGCCAAUGGGGGAGCAGUCAGUAUCUCUGUCCCUGACCCUUUCCCAAGGGCACCAGGCUUCCCACCUGUCAGCAAGGGGGGGUGGAGUGGACCUGCGGCUUGUAGAGAUAACAGAUAACCAUUUCAUCUUAAUCCUUCAUUUACAGAGCAUUCAAUGAGUCAAAAGCCAGGUAAACAGGGAAUAAUUGCUUGACAAUCAAGCUAACAGGGAGCCCCAGCCCCAUAACCCCCCCCCCCCAUGGUAACAGGAUCUUAGGAAAACAGGAUAAGUUAGACAAACACACCCAGGUAUUUUAAAGUAAUGUUCUUCUGUGCAAACCCUUUCAAUUUACUCUUACUUUUUCAUUUUCCCUUUGGUCAUACAGUCUUAGAAUUCCUCAAAUGAUCUAUUACUCACUGAGGAGAUCUACUUAAGGUUGAAUGAAAGCCACAGACAAUUCUACUAUUUGCAGAGACUUCUCCAGCCUCUAACUACUUUUUUAUGCCCCUUAUGAACAAAUGUGUUGAGUUGUGUGUGUGUGUGUGUGUGCGCAAACACACGUGGGGGGAGGUGCUGAACUGGGUCUUUGCCCUGGGUGACAGAAAGUCUAGUUUCAGCCCUGCCACAUUUUAUGCUUGCAACAACACUGUCAGGCAGGUUAGACUGAGAGCCUAUGACUGGCCUAAGGUCACCCAGUGAGCAUCAUGGCUGAGUGGGGAAUUUGAACCCUAGUCUCCCAAGUGCUAGCCUGAGACCCAUGUGCAAGUUUCCUUAAUUUGUAACUUAUUCAGCUGGGAGAAUUCAGUUUUCUUUCGUAAGAGAAUUUAGAUGUACUAUUACUUUAUUAUUUAGCAAAAUUUAGAUACAGCUUGAUUGUAACAUACCCUGCAAGUGGUUUAUAAGAAAUAUCUGAAUUAUCAAUAAAAUCAGUUUAAAAAUUAACCAAAAUGCUUUAAAAGCAGUUGCAGUCAGCAGUAAACUAACAGGAGAUUAAGCACGUCCACGUAUCUGGAUAGGUUUGUCUACCGUUACAAUAGUCUGGUAAUUGGCCCACCUGCAGGUCCAUAUGGUAAGUGGUGUCGAAUCCUAGAGGGGUGACUUUGUGUGUGGUUUUUCAGCUAUCACAAUUUUUAAAGCAUCUUCAUGCCCAAUAUAAGUUGUUGUGGAAUGAAGCCAGAUUUGACUUUGUUUUGGCAUAAGUAUCUGUCAUAGAAGUGGCCGACUCUAGGGUUGCGGCGCUCAUCUCACUUUACUGGCCGAGGGAGCCGGGUCACGUGGGCCAGCAUGACUAAGCCGCUUCUGGCAAACCAGAGCAGCGCAUGGAAUCGCCUUUUACCUUCCCGCCAGAGCGGUACCUAUUUAUCUACUUGCACUUUUGAUGUGCUUUCGAACUAGUAGGUUGGCAGGAGCAGGGACCGAGCAACGGGAGCUCACCCUGUCACGGGGAUUUGAACCACACACCUUCUGAUCGGCAAGUCCUAGACUCUGUGGUUUAACCCACAGCGCCACCCGCAUCCCUUAAGUUUGGUAAUAAGCUGCAAUUCAGCAACUUCUCUUUCCAAUCUAUUUCGUUUCUGAUUAGACAUGCAUAGGAAUGUGUUGCUACUCAUGCCACAGAGUUAAGCGAGCACUGUCCUGCGAAAGCUUUAUUUCAAAUAACUUAUUUUAUUUAAUGUGCAGCAACUCUGCUAAUUCUGAUACACUUGUUUAGGUUAGUGUUUGUCAGGCUACAGGGUAUUCACAGGACCUCUGAAUCUGCAGUCGUGCAGGUUUUGCAGCUCUUUAAGAAAAAGAAAAAAUACUUUAUUUUCCAUUUUUUUCCAUUCAAUCUCACUUUUUCUUUAUUUUUCUCACUCUGUCCUUCUAUAAAUGAAAUUCUUAUAAUAAAAUAACAGUAAUAAUAAUGAUGAUGAUGAUGAUGAUGAUGGUUUUUCUAGCUCUUAACAAGAAGUGAAUUGGGUUUGCUCUCUCCAGGUCACUGACAUUGGUGCUUUUGAAACAGUCUGGCAAGUCAAAUUCUACAACUACCACAAGCGAGACCACUGUCAGUGGGGAAACAGCUUUGCCUGCAUUGAGUAUGAGUGCAAGCCGAACGAGACCCGCAGCCUCAUGUGGAUCAACAAAGAAACCUUCUUCUGAAGGAAAGUGAGGCGGAGGCGAAAGAACAAUCUCUUGGUUGAAAGAACCUCUCUUCAGACCAGUACAAAGCCUUAACAGAGGCGCUCUGUAUAGAUGCUUUUGUUUGACAAAUGAGACUUCAAAGCACACACUCACUUGGGGAUAAGCUUAUUUUGAAAUUGAUGGGACUUGUUUCCAAGUGAAUGUGUUCCAGAUCAUGGGCGUAACAUCAGCGUUACUGGGAUUUUGACAUUUAUCCUCUUCCCCAAUCUGACUGUUCCCACACCUUCGCUGUAAUGAACACUGGAGGUGUGUCCAUCGAGGUCUGAAGUAGGGUUGCCAUAUUUUGAAGAGCAAAAGAGGAGGACACAUUUGCCAACUUCUGCUUUUAAGUAUGGAUCGUUAUGACGAACUCUCAUUUUACAUACCCAUGAAAAAGAGGCCAUUGCCCUAGAAAAAGAGGACAUAUGGCAGCCCUAUCUGAAGGCUCCUAGCUAUGUUUAUCCCAUGCUGCAAUAUGUUGGUGACAGCUUCUUGUGCUUUUUGUUUAAAUCACUGUGCUCCUUCACCCUAGUUAGUAGGCGCUUCAAUGUGGUCUGCCUGCCACGUGCCAUAAACUUCAAUACACCUACCUACCUACCUACCUCUUCCUAGUAAUCUCUUUCUACCAUGGCACACACAAAGAAUGCAAUGAUGGUACAUCUGGUACCAGAAUAGUCACACAACCCUAAUCAAGCUGGUUGUUCUAGGGGAGGGGGUAAGGAGAAUGUGAUUGUUGGAUCUUGUAAAACCUUUCCUAUCCUGUGAGAUGUUGUUUUCCUGUUUCCCAGUCUCUGAAACAACUCUUACAGUCAACAGCAGUGGUGGAGUUCUUGAGAAGUGUGUAAGAGAGUGGUGAAACGAUACAUCCAUGGUUUAAGUUUUGUGUGUGUGUAUAAUGCUAAUACCUGAAUAUGCAGUAAUUCAGUAUAAUGGUCAUGUAUCAAGCCCAUUGGGUUUUCAGGUUACCAGUGAUAUUUUUGUAUGUGAAAUGUAACGAAACUGGGCUGCUAGUCACUUUGGAGCUGCAAAAGCUCUGUUGCACUGAAUGACAGCCUUUCGGGUUAAGCAUAAUCACAACAGAGCUCUUUCCAAAGUAAAAGGAAAGUUGCAUAAGCUUGCGCAGGGGACUGAACUCCGGUGCUAUGUCCUAUGUAAACCUGUUUACAAAGCUGUGACAAAUGAGAAGCACAUUCUUAUCUCUAAUAAAAUAGGUGGAAAGUUGCUUCGCUCAUGGAAUAAAGAUGGUCUUGUGUCUGUGUAACCGUGCAUACCAGCUGCGCUCAUGUGAAUAAUUGAAAUUGUUAUAACUUUUGACCUUUGUAAUAAAGGAGCUGGAAACCUGUGUUUUCUCCCU